AUGGGAGCUACCAGAAGUUCAAGAAAUGGUUUUGACUUGCCCCAGUCGCCCCUUCAAAGUCCAAGCCGCCGGAAGGACUUCCUUCAGCGCAUAGGUCAGCCUCUGGCUGGAAUGGUUCAGCCUGCUUCUUCCGUUCAGUUCCUUCCUGGAGAAAGAAGACGACAUUUAGAAGAGGAGAAUCCGUAUCUUGCGGAGUUUGGUCCAGAAGAGGCUCAAGCUUUCUCAAGGCAGCCGUUUCCCCAGCAUUCUCCAGCUGCUGUGGCCUCAAUGAAGCAGAAGACAGAGGCCAGGUCUGUCAGAUCUUCUAAAGAGGCCCGUAAGCUCUCGGGUGGACAUUUCUCCUGCACCGUCCCUGGUGAUCAUCGUGGCAGUUUGAGGAGGCCCAAUCUCAGCCCCAUGUCUCAGAGAACAGUUUCAUUCCAAAGACCCUACACUUUGGAGGAAGAAGGCUCCCCUUCGGCCAGACCGCCCUCCGUUCGCAGCCAGUAUAACAAGCCGAGGAGACCAGAUUUUGCCCACGGACCUCCUGAGCUUCUAGAACACGACGUGGAAGGAGGCAUAGGGAGAUAUGCCGUGGUGAUGCCCCAAGUCCAACCGAUGGGUCCUUGGAGAAGGUCCCGGAGGCAGAACCAGCCGUGGUCCGAGUAUCACACAGUGAGCGUUCGUGAGAUGCCGAACGGUUGGGCCUCGGAGAAGCUCUUCCAGCAGCCUCCAGCGGAGAGUUUUAGGGCUCAGGGGGCUCAUCGUGGGGGAGGAAGAGGAAGAGGGAAUGGAGUGUUCUGGUACCUGACGCGGGGAGCCUCUGGGCCCAAGAGGGAAUAUGGAGAAACCAGCCAGAAUUGGCAAUGCAAGGAAUCCCCGGUGACUCAGAUGAAACAGAUUGUCCAAACUCCACAUGGUCGAUUUGGCUCCUUUGUCACCUGCUUGUUCUUUCUCUGUCACCCCCACCCCACUCCACCCCCAGCUACGGAGUACCACCUUGGUCUGCUGAAGGCCAAGCUUGCCAAGUACAGAGCUCAGCUUCUAGAGCCUUCCAAAUCGGCUGCAGCCAAAGGGGAAGGCUUCGAUGUGAUGAAGUCGGGGGACGCCCGGGUGGCGCUGAUCGGUUUCCCUUCUGUGGGUAAGUCCACUUUCCUGAGUUUAAUGACUUCCACGGCUAGUGAAGCAGCCUCCUACGAAUUCACCACACUGACCUGCAUUCCUGGAGUCAUAGAGUACAAAGGAGCCAAUAUCCAGCUUCUAGAUCUUCCUGGGAUCAUUGAAGGAGCUGCUCAAG